CAGAAUCCACGCGGGCACUUCCCAUAUCUUGAGAAACGCAUAACCUUGAUUUCGUAACGCAUACGGAGUGACAAAAAAAAUAAAAAAUAGAAAAAAUAGAAAGAAGAAAGAAAGAAAGAAAAAGGAAACCCUAAUAAAAUCCCCAUUUAUUGUGGCGCCAUGGCCAAUGUAUCUUUUCCCACUAUCUCUUCUCUUCUCUCUUAGGCCUUAGCAUGGAAACUCUCUUGUGACGGAAAAAACCAAGAACCGUUUCAGCUUCUAACAGUGCAAUUGCAUUACAUUACUUAAUGUAAUGGCAAGUGGAUGGGUGAAAUCGUUGCAUUGCAAGUCAAGAGCAUUUGAAGAUGUUUACCAUCCUACCCCCAGCAAAAUAUUGAUACCCAGUGCUAGCUGCAGGAGGAGCUUCCAGACCAUUAAAGAAAUGGUUGAUAUUCCAAAGCCCAUGCCGAAGCCCAAGCCCAUGCCAAAGCCCAUGCCGAGGUCAAGGAAAAACAAGAAUAGUCUUCUUGAGAAGCAUCCGACAAGGCCCGUGACAGAGCUGCCCGACGGGCAUCCUUCGAGGAAUGUAGUGGAGAUUAUAUUUCACACGAGUUGGGGCCCAAAACCGUUCCCGGGCCGUGUGGAGGUGAUAUUCAAGAUCCAGAACGGGGCCCGGACGGUUUCGCGGUUUGAGGAGUUUCGCGAGGGUGUUAAGGCCCGGGCCGCGGCAUGUUCUGCAGGCCUGAUGGGCGAGGAAGGGAGCAACUGGGAGAAGGAGAAUGCGCGGUGCGUGGCGGACGGGAAUGAGGUUAUGCGGUUCCAAUGCUUGGGUCCCACGGAGGACGGCGCCGCCGCGGUGUGGUCGUUUCCGGAGAGGAAGGGCUCGAUAAUCUGCACGUUUUCCGGCAGUGGUGGUGCACACGAGAGCGCCGGCGGCGGCAGGGGAAGGAGGGCGAUGCUCGUUUGCCGGGUAGUUGCGGGUCGGGUCUCGAAGCAACUCGGGAUCGCUGACUCGGGGUUGGAGAAGCGAGUUGGGUUUGACUCGGUGAGUGGGGAAAACGGCGAGUUGUUAGUGUUCGACUCGCGGGCCGUGUUGCCCUGUUUUCUUAUUAUUUACAGAUUGUAAAGAAAAAUGGAAAGGAAAUUAUUUACCUUUCUUUCUUCCUUUAUUUUUUUUCUUAAAUAUUCUGUUUUAUUAUUUUUUUAUUGCGGGUUAAUGUAUGUAUGUUUGUUUAUUA